AUGGAAACUUACAGUCAGAUAUAUAAGAUAUAGACAAAUUUCAUUACCAAAUUUAAUUCUUUUGUUGAAAUAAUUUGUGCUAAAGCUGAUGUAGCUAUCGAUUCAAUAGAAUCUUAUGAAAUAAUGAUUGCCAUACAAUGGUUUAUUUUUUAAGAGGAAAACAUAUACAAACUCAAUAAGAAUCCCUAAAAUAUCAUGAAAUCAUACAACCUUAUUGUAGAGGGAAUCAAAAAAUUAUUGAAAAGUUGUUUGAUCUAUAUUAGAACAGACUCGUUUAAAUGUUUGUAUAUCUUACAGAUUACAGCAUCUCUAUCCAAAGUUAUAUUUAGUUUCCAUGUAAUGAAUAGCGAUAGAAUUAUGAAUUUUGAUAUAUAAAAGGAAUUUUUAGACAUUUCUGAUUAUUUAAAAUAAUAAAUGGAAAUAGAGAAGAAUGAUUUGAUGUAAAUUUCAAUGGAAGUUUAUCUUUUCUUUACUAAAUCUUCUUUUGAAAUGACUCCAAAUAAUAGUAACGAAAGGUAAGAAAUUCUAAAAGGAUUUGUUAGUGGUAUAUUUGAUUAGUUAAUACAAAGGAAACCUAAUGCAGAAUUACUUAAAUUUUUAUUUAAGGCAGUUCACUAAAUGCACAACAUUUAUAAAAUUACAAACAAUCGAAAACAAUAUGAAGUGUAUUUUUAAAUAGAAAUGUUGUAAUGGGAAAUUAUUAAUUUUUUUAGAAAUGAAAAAUAAUUAAUCCUAAAUAAGAUAAUUUUACAAAUUUAGUUAAUAUAUGAUAAUCUUGUAAACAAUUCAAACAAUUGGAUAAAUCAUUUUUUGUGGAUUUAUAUGAUUGGGAAAAUUUUAAUAUUUAAUCCCCUUUUAACAAAACAAAGUGUAAAUCAAUUAGCGAACUCUAACGAUUUUGGAGUUAAUUCUACGUAAAUGUGGAAGGAAUAUCAGAAAAAAGAAUUAAUUAUUUAAAUGAACCAUACAAAUGACUAAGCUGUCAUUUUACUUAGUUAACUUUAAAAUAAUAAACUGACAAAACUUGAUAGAUAAGUGUUAGAAGAUAGUUUCAAAGGAUGGGAAGACUUUCUUAUACUUAAACAAUAUUUAAUUGGUGAAUUAAAUGAAGAUACACCAUAUACAUUUAGUUCCUAUUUAAAAUGUAAAUUAGAUUUGUUUAGAAAAUAUUCCUAAAAAAAUGAAAAAAUUUUGACUAUUGAGAAAAUGAAAAUGCUUUUUAGUUUCAUUAUUCCAACUAAAUUAAUUAAUUUAAUCAAAUAAAAUAGUCAAAAUUUGGGGGAGGUGAUUAAAUUUUUUAAAUAAUUUAGGAAAAUUGAGUAUGUUAAUAAAAGACUAUUACAAAGCACUGUUGAUUCUUAAUUAAAAAAGAUCAUUUGCAACUUAUAUGAAUAUUUGCAAAACACAUAAAAAAUUCUCAAAAUUUUUAAGCUUAAUUAGAAUAACCAUUACUGCCAGAGUGAAUAAUUAAAAUAGGCAGAAAAAAUUGAAUUUAAUAUUUUAUUUUAACUUAAAUAUUUAAUGAAACUAUUAGAAGAAAUUUUAUUAUAAGCAAUUUAAGAAAUUUAUAAUAAAAGAAAUCAAUUCGGCAAGUAAGAUGGCAUAAAUGAUGAAAUAAUAAUACUUUAGUAAUAGAAAGAGUUGAUUUAGUAGCAAUUAAAAAAUCUAAAUCUGAAAGAUAACCAAUUUUCAUUUGUAAAUAAGUUAUAGUAGUAACUUCUUGACUUGCUAAUUGCAACUCUUGACUAAAAGAGCUUUAUGAAAAAAGCUUAAAGCAUUUUAAGACUAAUUGAAGAUCCUAAAAAAUAAAUUUUAAGGCUAGAAAUUAUGUCACUUAAAAAGUGUACAUUUAUUGAAUUUUUUCAGAGUUUAUUGAAUCAUCUAUAUUUUGAGUAAGAUCACAUGGUUGAAAAAAUUCAAAAAGAUGUUAAUGAAUCUAUUUUAAGUUUAAAGACAGUAUUAAUUUCAUAGUAUGAAAUAGAGUCAGUUUAAGAAUUUGGAGAAAUUUAAUAACAAAUUUCUAAUAUGCUAUCAUUUUAAUUUGUAUACACCUAAAGAUUGAAUAAUUUAAAGCUUUAAUUACAGCUAACUACUUUGAAGGAGUCCUUUUAAAAUAUAUUUCUAGCAUAAUUGGAAGAAUUUUAAUAGUUAUAAAAAGUUAUUGAUUUGGAUGAUUUUCUUGUUAAUGUAUUGUGUAUUUUCAAAAAUACUCAUUAUAAU